AUGAAAUUUGAAGCAGAUUUAAGUUCAUCUUAUAUAAAAACUAUUCCAAUUCAAAUUAUUCGUCUACAAGAUCAUUUUCAUGAAGAAAGUGAUCAAGGACAAAUACCUAGAGUAAUGGAUAUAGAACUUUGUGAAGAUUUAAUAGAUACUUGUAUGCCUGGAGAUGAUGUGACUAUAACUGGUAUUAUUAAAAUGCAAGGUAUAGAUAAUGGUAAAACAAAGUUUAGUACAAUAUGUUCUCUUUAUAUAGAGGCAAUUUCAGUUGUCAAUAAUAGUAGUAAAAUGCAGAUGAAUGGAUCUUUAAAUAUUGAACUAAAUACUUAUGACUAUAAAUUAAUUAAAGAUAUUUACCAAAAUACAGAUGCAUUAAAUCUAUUAGUCCAUUCAUUAUGUCCAGAUAUAUAUGGACAUGAAAUGAUUAAAAUGGCAUAUCUUUUAAGUUUAUUUGGUGGUAGUUCCAAUCAUGUCAAAAUACGAAGUAAUAUACAUAUAUUGGUUAUUGGUGAUCCUGGCUUAGGUAAAUCUCAAAUGUUACAAACUUGUGCUCAUGUUGCUCCUAAAGGUAUAUAUAUAUCUGGAAAUUGCAGUACUUCAUCAGGAUUAACAGUUACUUUAAUUAAAGAAAGUGGGCAAAAUGAUUUUGCUUUGGAGCCUGGUGCUUUAGUUCUAGCUGACGGAGGAUGUUGUUGUAUAGAUGAAUUUGAUAAAAUGUCAAGUCAGCAUCAAGCUCUUCUUGAAGCUAUGGAACAACAAUGUGUAAGUGUUGCUAAAUCAGGUGUUAUGUGGUCUUUACCAUCUAGGACUUCAAUUCUCGCUGCUGCUAAUCCUGUUGAUGGAUGUUAUAAUAAAUCCAAAACAUUAAAUGAACCAAAUAAGGAAAUGGAUAAUUUUUUAUCUGGACAUAUUAUGCUAAUACAGUUAGAAGCACUUAUUAGAUUAACUGAGGCUAGAGCAAAGCUAGAUUUACGUGAAGAAACAACAGAACAAGAUGCAAUGGAUGUUAUUGAAUUGAUGCAGAAUACUAUACUUCCUUUAAAUUAUAAAAAUCAAGAUUAUACAUUUUUACAAUUUACUAAAACUUAUGAAUUAAAGAAUCUUGGAGUAAAAGAAGGACUAGUUGAAAUUGAUGUAUCACUUGCAAUUGAGAAAUUAAAUGAUCAGGGAUACCUAAUUAAGAAAGCUAAGAAUUUAUAUCAUUUUUUAAAAACAGAAUUACAUUAA